CGUUCAGAGGGUAACCUUGUGGAUGGCCCCGGAGCAGGCCAGAUGGAACAGGACAGAACCAACCAUGUUGACGGCAAUAGAUUGAGUCCAUUUCUAAUACCGCAAUCUUCUCACGUUUGCCAGACAGAGCCUUCUGCGGUGAAACUACAGAAUGGAAGUCCAGCAACAGAGAGGCCUGAAGUUGAAGUAAAUGGAGACCACAAGCGGCUAUUCAUUAAAAGCAACUAUGGAGUGCCCCACCUUAAAGGAAGUCCAGACAACCGCAUUAGCCCUGACCUUUUACAAGAAAAUAAAGUAUAUUCCAAAUAUAUGCAAAAUGGUGGGAUAAAACGCACUUUUAGUGAGCCCUCUCUGUAUGGACUUCAUGAGAGCAAGAAAGUGAAACAAGACAAAGAGGUAAACGGAGAAAAAGCUGAGCCAGAGGAUAGUAAUGAAAAACCAAGCGUCUCCAAUUGCUACAGUGAGAAGAAACCCGAGAGUUUUACAGGACAAGAAAAUGAAGCUUCAGAUUUGAUACAGUCUACAAGAUACAACAGUGGUGGUUUAGAAAACCCUCGUGACCUCCUGAUUCAGGAUGAGCAGGAGCGGGAGAACAUUCAUUGCCACAACAGGGACAUUGUCUUACUACUUAAGAACAAGGCAGUGCCAAUGCCUAAUGGUGCUACAGUUUCUGCCUCUUCCAUGGAAAGCAUGCAUGGUGAACUCCUGGAGAAAACACUGUCUCAAUAUUAUCCAGAACAUGUUUCCAUAGCAAUGCAGAAGAACACAUCUCAUAUCAAUGCCAUUACCAGUCAGGCUACUAAUGAGUUGUCCUGUGAGACAACGCAUUCAUCCCAUACCUCAGGGCAGAUCACUUCCCCACAGACCUCAAACUCUGAGCUGCCUCAAGUGCCAGCUGUAGUGGUUACUGAGGUCUACAAUGCAGAAGACUCCAGUAAACCACCUGUAUUGCCAGGUAGCUGUUUGCUUCAGAAACCAGAACUACAGCUACAGCAACAGAUUCCAGGCUGUGAUCCACACCAGUUACCCGUAGGAAAUAGUACUGUUCGUGGAAGCGUAGGGCAGGUUCCCAACCAAGACCUCUCUCUCAGUUCCAGCAGUAACCUGCAAGCUCAGAGUGCCACUCUGGAAAGGUUUUCUGAGCAAGCAGAAAUAAAUGGUGCUUUCUUUAAACAGAACUCAACGUUUCACAAAGAUUCCUCUGCUCCUCCUGCUCCGGAAAUGAACAGUGCACUGUCUGUCGUGGUGCGAGAAGGACACCAUUCCUAUGAUAACAGAUGUGAUGAAACUCUUCCUGGGGAGAUAAAGAAUGAAGGGCAACAGCAGGGACCAAUGUCAGAAAGUCCCGGCCUCAGCCAGCAACAACUUCACCCUCAGCAGAGACUUCCACAGCAGGCACAAACGUCACAAGAAGAUGUCAGUGAAAGCAACCCGCAAGCUGCUGUGGCCGCCUCAAUUCAGCAGCACCCAGACGAAAUGACGCCGGCGUCAGAGCCUCCCCUCCAAAGCCUGCAAGCGCACGGAAGCGAGGGUGAGUUGCAGCAACACUAUCAGCAUUUCCCAGGACAGAGAGAACCCGAGAUUCCUUCAGACAAAGAAAAGGACCAAGUGAAAGAGCCCGUGCAACAGGCUCAACAUUAUUCAAAACCAGCCUGGAUAGAACUGGUUUCCACCCAGUUCCGCCGUGGAGAGCCUCCCCAAAAGCCCAGCGAAGCAUUAUUGCAAUCAAUUCUUCAGUUCCAGGCAAACGCAGCCGCAACAGCCUAUACAAAACAGUAUGCUGGAAGUCCUGAUGCACUAAAGGGGCCUUCAGGACAGCCCCAGAGCCAGAAGAUAAUGCAACAGGAACAAAUUCCUCCACUGUACAAAAGCGAGACCUCCCAGCUGCAGCCGCAUCCCACAGCUGACCAGCAGCUGCCCUUCCAGAAACACUCACCGCAGCCACAGCUCAAGAAGAUGGAUUCCUCACUCAAGUCCCAGGUGCAGCAACACCCUCCGCAGCAGCUCCAUUUCCAGCAAAGACCAGAACAAGCCGAACAGCCUGUAGGGGCCCCAUUGAAACAGCAGCACUUGAAUCCCCAGCUGGGGGAAAACGAGCAAUUCUUGCAUUCACACAUUUUGCAACAGAUGCUUCAAAAACAGGCACAGCAGGUGCAACUGCCGUGCAGUACGCAGCUAACCCCAAACCAGCAACAAGCUCCUCAAAUGAAAAGUAAAGACCUGCCCCAAACCAUUUCCCACUCCCAAAGCAAUGCUGAGCAGCCACUGGACAGGACAUCCUUCAAUCAGCCUAAAGUAGAUGAAUGUUUUCAAGCUGGGAAUAAGUACAUGAAAUCAGCUGCAUUCCCACUGCAUAACCCUCAGUUAGGCCUAGAGCAGGUACAGAGCAUGAACAACAAAGCUUCCCUUUACACUCAGAAAGCAAACGCUAAUCUGCGGCAUCCCUGCCCAAACAAAGUGCACUUGAUUUCUGAGAAGAAAGAAAACGCCGCUAACAUCGAAUGCUUUGGAGCCAACAAAAUGCAGGACUUGCAACAUGUGCAGUAUUUUUCAAAUAACUUGACCGCAAAGCAAGAUGUGAAUUACUGUUUUCAAGAACAAGAGCAACAGACACAACAAGCUUCAGUUAUACAGCUACCAGCACUCCAGCAAACACAGUGCUAUGGUGGUAGUCUGAACCAAGAUCUCCCGAGCCAACAAGCUACACAAAUCUCUCAGCGGUACUUACCACACAGCCAGCAAACUGCCCCACACUCCCAAGACCAGAGAGGCUGUCAUUUGCAGUCCCAAACCCCUAAGGAUUUUCAAAAACAUGCUGCUCUAAGGUGGCAUCUCUUGCAAAAACAGGAGCAACAGGCAUACCAGCAACCCAAAGCUGAGGUUGGUCCCAGUGCAGCACGCAAGCCUAUAAAAAUUGAGGCUGGCACAAAGUCUAAUGUCUGCAUGCGUCCAUCAGCUGGACAGCUGGAAAACAAAAUGUGGAAAAAAACAAUUAAACAAGAGAAUCAGCACUUUGGCUGCGAGAACAUACAACAAAAGAGCAUCAUCGAGACAAUGGAACAGCAGCUAAAACAGAUACAGGUCAAAUCACUGUUUGAUCACAAGACUUUUACUAUCAAAUCACCUAAACAUGUGAAGGUUGAAACAGCAGGCCCUAUUACCAUCCUAUCAAGAAAUACCGGUGCUGCAGAUUUUGACACUCAGACCCCAAUCUUAGAUCAGCAAGCAAACUUGUCUGCUGAGAAAACCCCGACCAAAAGAACAGCUGGAACUGUUCUCAAUAAUUUUUUAGAUUCACCUUCCAAGUUACUGGAUACUCCUGUAAAAAAUUUAUUGGACACACCUGCCAAAACCCAGUAUGAUUUCCCAUCUUGCAGCUGUGUUGAGCAAAUUAUUGAAAAAGAUGAAGGUCCUUUCUAUACCCAUCUAGGAGCCGGUCCUAAUGUGGCAGCUAUUAGAGAAAUCAUGGAAGAAAGAUUUGGACAGAAGGGUAAAGCUAUAAGGAUUGAGAGGGUUGUCUACACUGGGAAAGAAGGCAAAAGCUCGCAAGGAUGUCCAAUUGCUAAAUGGGUAGUCCGCAGAAGCAGUCAGGAGGAAAAGCUACUCUGCUUGGUGCGUGAGCGAGCGGGCCACACGUGUGAGACAGCUGUGAUCGUGAUUCUCAUCCUGGUCUGGGAGGGAAUCCCAACAAGCCUGGCCGACAAGCUCUACUCCGAGCUCACCGACACCCUGAGGAAGUACGGCACGCUCACGAACCGGCGGUGCGCCCUGAACGAAGAGCGGACUUGUGCAUGUCAAGGGCUGGACCCUGAAACUUGUGGUGCUUCAUUUUCCUUUGGUUGCUCCUGGAGCAUGUACUACAAUGGUUGUAAGUUUGCCAGAAGCAAGAUUCCAAGAAAGUUUAAGCUGAUGGGGGAUGACCCAAAAGAGGAAGAAAAACUAGAAUCUAAUUUGCAGAAUCUGUCAACCCUGAUGGCACCUACCUACAAGAAGCUUGCACCUGAUGCAUAUAACAACCAGAUCGAGUAUGAACACAGAGCACCCGAGUGUCGCCUGGGUUUAAAAGAAGGUCGCCCAUUCUCAGGGGUCACUGCCUGCCUGGAUUUUUGCGCUCAUGCUCACAGAGACUUGCACAAUAUGCAGAAUGGGAGUACACUGGUUUGCACACUAACUAGAGAAGACAAUCGUGAAAUUGGCCAAACACCAGAAGACGAGCAGCUCCACGUGCUCCCGUUAUAUAAAGUCUCUGAUGUGGAUGAGUUUGGAAGCACUGAAGGCCAGGAGGAGAAGAAGAGGAAUGGCAGCAUCCAGGUCCUUACCUCCUUUCGCCGAAAAGUAAGGAUGUUAGCAGAGCCUGUUAAGACGUGUCGGCAAAGGAAGCUAGAAGCAAAGAAAGCAGCUGCAGAAAAGCUUUCCUCCUUGGAGAGUGGGCCUAGCAAAGCUGAAAGAGAGAAGUCGGCUGCAGCACGCAACAAGCAAGGCAACUCUGAGGCGGCAGGUCAUGCAAAGCAGCUAGCAGAUCUUUUACGCCUUUCAGGACCAGCCACACAACAACAGCAGCAGCAACAUUCACCGCGCACUCUCCCUAACAACCCUCAGUCAAAUCCUAUUAACUCUUACUCGGGUUCAGGUUCUGCAAAUCUCUAUGUAAGGUUGCCUACUCCAGCCAAUGCUUAUCCAAGCUCUUCAUACACUUCAGAUCCCUAUGGAGGGUCCAGUCCCAUGAACCUCUAUACAACCUCAUCACAGCCUGCGGGGUCUUAUUUGAAUUCUUCCAGUCCCAUCAACCCUUAUUCAGGAUCAUUAAGUCAACAUAACCAAUAUCCACCCUACCAAUGCAAUGGAAACGUACCUAUGGACAACUGCCCCUCUUACUUGGGCUCCUACCCUUCCCAGCAUCAGCACAUGGACUUGUAUAGUUGCCAGAGCCAAGACCAUAUGUCUAAACUAAGUCUACCGCCCAUUCAAACAUUAUACCAGCAGAGGUUUGGGAAUAACCAGAGUUUUGGUCCCAAGUACUUGAAUUAUGGAAACCAAAAUAUGCAGGUAGAUUCCUUCAGUAAUUGCACCAUUAGACCAAAUGUACACCACGUAGGUUCUUUUUCCUCUUAUUCCACCCAUGAGGCUGACGGCCAUUUUAUGGAGGUUGCCUCAAGGUUAAAAUCUAAUCUGAGUAAUCCGAGCAUGGAUUAUGCCUCCAUGAGUAAAACCAGUGAACAUAAUCAUAUGCAACCCCCUCCGCAUUUAGCACAUGACUACCAUUCUGCUCCAAGCAUGUUUAGUGGUCCUCCUAAUUCACUGCAUCUGCAAAAUAAGGAUAGCGAAAUGAUUUCACAUGCAGUUAAUGGUUUGUCCAACAUGCUUCCAGGUCAAAACCAUGAUAGGACUACUCCCCAGGGUGGUUUAGAUAAAACUGAUGUGCUGAAUCCAGAAAAAGCAGAGGAUCCCGAUGAAGUCUGGUCAGAUAGUGAGCAGAGCUUUCUGGAUCCAGAAAUUGGAGGAGUGGCAGUUGCUCCAUCUCAUGGGUCAAUUCUCAUAGAGUGUGCAAAACGUGAGCUCCACGCAACGACCCCCUUAAAAAAUCCCAACAGGAACCAUCCCACCAGAAUAUCCCUUGUCUUUUACCAGCACAAGAGUAUGAAUGAGCCAAAACAUGGUCUGGCUCUGUGGGAAGCAAAGAUGGCUGAGAAGGCAAGAGAGAAAGAGGAGGAAUGUGAAAAGUAUGGUCCAGACUACGUGCCUCAGAAAUCCUAUGGCAAAAAAGCAAAGCGGGAGCCUGCUGAGCCACACGAACCCUCGGAGCCAACGUAUGUGCGCUUCAUCAAGUCUCUUGCACAAAGGACACUGUCGGUCACCACAGACUCCACAGUAACUACAUCUCCAUAUGCCUUUACACGGGUUACAGGGCCUUACAACCGAUAUAUCUAACUUCACACCUUUGUUGGUUACCUCAUUUGAAAAAACACCGUAUCAGUAGGAUAGUUCUGCUUUAGGUUUUGGGGAAGGCAAGGGUGGAGAAGAAAACAGUGUUUUUACAAAACUCGUCAGUGGAAAAAGCCUCAGCACACCAGCAAAAAGAGGUAAUCUCACUAGCGCACUUAUUUUCCACUGAUUUUUAAGUGGUCACAGAUGGCACGUAGGAAACAAGACCAAAGCAUCCUAUGCAAAAACAAAAACAAAACAAAAAAGUGUUUCACAAUUUACAUUUGAAAACACUGGCUCCAUUACUGAAAGAGAUAAUCUGCAAAUGGAUUUUUUUUUUUUCUUACAGUUUUGCACAUCUGUGGCCACUUUUAAUGUCAUCAAGUUUGCAUAGUCAUGGAACAGGAGCAAAAAAAACCCUAAAAAAAAUAAUACUGUAGUAUUACAACUGCAGGAAUCUUAAAAUAACAUCUGGUGCUGAAUCUAUGAUGUACUGAAAUACUGGAAUUAUGGCUUUUUAACAUGCAGUUUUUACUGUAAUCUUAUUAGUCUCUUGAUUUUAUUUAACAAAGUAGAUAAGUAUAAAAGAUAAUGAAUAGACAGCAAAACACUGAAUUUGUUUGGAUAUUCUAAAACCAUGGUGCUAUCUAAGAGAAUGGUGUCUUUAUUUUAACAGUCGAACAGUUAAUGCCUUUAUAACAAAAUGUCGAUGAUGUAGUCAAAUGUUCUUCAACAACAGGGAGGACCUUUUCAUUCAUGUAUGUAUUGAAUUUACCUGGUGUUAAAAUAAGCUUACUUUUUAACAUAUGGGAAGUACAAAGACCUCUGGAUUUUGCUCAUCCAGUCAAGUCCUAGAAAAGGACAAUAAAAUAUAGAAAUAUUUUUUUUUAAAUAGUGUUUCAAAAGCACUUUGUCUACCUAAGCUUGGCAACUUGAACAAUGCUAAGGUACUAAGACAUUAAAAAAA